AUGGAGAAACUGGUGUUGCCCAAAUUCAACGGUGAAGAUUUUGCGGUAUGGCGUUUUCAAAUCGAGUCGUACCUAGCGGUAUACGAUCUUCUGGAAGUCGUCGAUGGGACAUUGAAACGUCCGUUAGAAGCGGCGAGACAAUCAGAAUGGGACAAGCUCGAUUGGAAGGCCCGAUUGAUUAUCGGAAAUGCUCUUGAGAUGAAUGUAGUACGUCAGAUUAUGAAUCUGAAAACGGCGAAUGAAAUACGGACUCGGCUUUCAUCACUAUAUGAAUUACGAGACGACUGUCCAUUUGCUACUGCAACGAUUCUUCGAUUACCGAAUAGAAGAAGGAAUGACCAUCGCCGAUCAGCAAACAAAUCUGUUACCGCGUCUACUCAAAAAGAAGAGGCUCUGAAAGCAUCGAUGUCUGAAAUGUCACUCGAAAAUAAAACGCCGGCGGCUUUGCUUCACAAGAAGAGUUGUGAUAAAAAGGUCAAGCCAAAGAAAGGUGACGUAAAACAAAAGGUAACGCAAAAACCGAAGAAGUUCAACGGCGCGUGUUUUUGCUGCGGUACAACAGGUCACCGCAAGUCCGAAUGCCAGAAAUCGGAAACGGCAGCUGAAGAGGCCUCUGCAAUAACUGAUAAAAAUGAGCUACUCAUGGCAAAGAUAGAUAGCGUCGACAGCGUUACAGAUACAUGGUUUGCCGACACGGGGGCAUUGCAUCACAUGUCACCGCGACGCGAAUUAUUUCGAAACUUUGUUGAAAACAAUGAUAAUUCAGUGGCGAUCACGGUAGGCAGUAAAGAAGUCGUUUACGCGAAAGGUCGUGGUAUGAUCGAUGCAGAUUUCGAUUUCGAUGGUUACACGAAACGUACGGACUUAG